CACAGAUACCUGCCAAUAUGCAGAGAGUCAGACCCUGGGCCCGGUGUGUUGUUGAGGGCACGCGUGUGCGGCCCUUAUCCACAACACGAAACACAUCCACCAAAUACGACGAACAGACCGAUGUGUUAAUCAUCGGUUCCGGCGCCGGCGCUUUAACAGCCAGCUUGAGGGCAACAAAACUGGGCCUGCGCACCGUCAUCGUCGAAAAAGAGUCGACGAUCGGGGGAGCCUCUGCCGUGUCUGGGGGAGGGCUCUGGGUCCCCUGCAAUCCGGUCGCCGCAGCCGCCGGAAUCAAAGACUCGAAACAGGCAGCGCUGAAAUACUUCGAGCAAGCCGUCGGCGAUGCAGGACCGGCGUCUUCACUGCCGAGGAGGAAGGCGUACGUCGACAAUGGCCCGAAGAUGGUCCAGUUUCUGCAGAGUCUGGGCUUCCAGUUCCAUUUCGCCAAAGGCUCUCCUGACUAUUACCCGGGUCUACAGGGUGCACUGGGUGCAGGGGGAGGACGGACGAUAGAGUCAAGGGUGUUUAAUUUGAAGAACCUGGAUAAGCAGUGGUGGGCCAAGUUGCCGCCCCCGUUAUCCCCACUCGCGAUAUAUGGGAAUGAUGCGCCCGUGCUUACUCGUCUCAUGUCAUCUCCGGGUGCUUUUCUUUACACGAUGCGAGCAGUACUGCCGCUGGUGGCUAGGGCACUUGUUGGCCAGCAACCGGCCAGCCUGGGGAUGGGCUUGGUGGCGCAGCUGCUAUAUCUCAAUCUGAAACACGGCAGUACGGACAUCCGCGUGAACACCAGGAUUUCGCAGCUCAUACAGGGGGAAGAAGGUGCUAUCCAUGGCGCGGAAGUGCAAACAAUAUCCGGCUUAAAAACUAUACAGGCAACGAAAGGCGUCGUCCUCGCAGCAGGGGGCUUUGCGCAGAACCGAAAAAUGCGGGAAGAGUUCCUGCCGAGUCCUACCAAGACGGAAUGGAGCAGCUCGCCGAAAGGAGAUACGGGGGAUGCUAUCACCGAAGGCAUAAGAGUUGGCGCAGACACGGCAUUGAUGGACGACGCCUGGUGGGGGCCAACGAUCGUGGACCCAGUGACGUUCAAAAACCACUUUGCGCUCACUGAGCGUGCGAGACCGCAUUGCUUUAUUGUGGACUGUACUGGCCGGCGCUUCAUGAAUGAGGCUCAGAGUUAUACCGAUGCAGGGCACGCGCAGUACGCCAGGAAUGAGCAGGUCAGCGCUAUCCCGGCUUGGUUGAUCAUGGACGCGAACCACCGCAGGAAAUACAUGCUCGGGAAGCUGGUCCCGGGGAUGCAGCCGUCGAAGGAUGCUCUCGCUAGGAAAGUAAUUUUCAAGGCCGAAACGAUUGAGGACCUGGCGCAGCAGAUUGGGGUGGACCCGGCAGGUCUCGCAUCCACUACCAGGAGCUAUAACGAUUUCUGUACAGCAGGAGUAGACACCGACUACGGCAAGGGAAGCAAUGCCUAUAACAGAUCCUUGGGAGAUCCGGCCGCAGGCCCAAAUCCAAAUAUGGGAGUGGUGGAUCGAGCGCCGUACUACGCAGUGGCCAUCUUGCCUGGUGACCUGGGAACGAAGGGGGGACUGUUGACGGACGAGUUUCAACGGGUCCUGGAUAAAGAAUCACGGCCUAUACCGGGCCUCUUUGCUAUUGGGAACACGGCUGCAAGUAUUAUGGGACGGUCCUAUUUGGGCGCCGGGUCAACGCUGGGACCAGCAUUGACGCAUGGCUUUAUUGUUGGCUCUUUCUUAGGUCAUAAUUCAUGAAUUUAACAGUCAGCAUCUGUAUAUUAAUAAUAUUCAUAACAUUUAUAUACUGCAGAAAAGCAAUCAAAGAGUCUAUAUAUUAAGAA